AUGACAGCUACCAACGACGGGGAGUCUAUGCUACCUUCCAAAAUCCCUUUCUGGUGCCUGAUUUUCGACCAAAAGGUUGUCACGGAGGAAGUCAUGCAAUAUUCAUAUACCGGCUUAGGCACCGAAGACGACCCAUAUGCCAUCGUCUGGAUUCCUGAGGACCCGCGCAAUCCUAUGAACUUCCGCCCGAUCAAAAAGUGGUCGAUUUCACUCCUAGUAUCAUUUGCUACUCUCGCAGUGUCAUUGGUCUCAUCCGCGUUUUCAGGCGGAAUGCGCCAGAUCAUGGAGGACUUUGGUGCCUCCCAGGAAAUCGUUAUUCUCGGUGUAUCGCUAUUUGUGCUCGGAUUCGCGAUCGGGCCUUUGAUCUGGGCACCCCUUACGGGUGCAAUGAACAUCGAGACACUCAUUAUAUUGCGAUUCCUAGCAGGUUCUUUUGGAUCUUCACCAUUUGGCAAUGGACGCGGCACUAUUGCGGACAUGUUCCCAGCUUCUCAACGUGGUAUCGCUAUUAGUCUUUUUGCAGCUGCGCCCUUCCUAGGACCGACACUAGGCCCAGUGAUUGGAGGAUUCCUAGCUGCCGCUGCCGGCUGGAGGUGGGUGGAGGGACUUCUUGCUGUAUUUUCGGGUGUGCUCUGGCUAUGUAUUCUCCUCUUGUUACCAGAGACUUAUUCUCCUGUUCUGCUGCGCCGUCGCGCAGAAAAGAUGUCUGCCAUGACUGGGAAAGUAUAUCGCAGUCAGUUUGACAUUGACCGUGGUCCCGCUCCUCUGGGCAAGACCUUGAGAACCGCGCUUUCCCGUCCGUGGAUCUUACUCUUCUGUGAGCCGAUUGUGCUACUUUUCUCCAUAUAUAUGGCAAUCAUCUACGGCACACUCUAUAUGCUCUUCGCCGCCUACCCAAUCGUCUUCCAAGACAUCCGCGGCUGGGGCGAAGGCAUCGGUGGUCUCGCCUUCCUUGGUAUCCUCGUCGGGAUGAUAAUGGCCGUGAUGUAUAAAUUCCCUGAAAACUUCCGCUACGCCAAAAAGUGCAGCCAGACCACCGACCGACUCGCUCCCGAACUGAGACUACCCCCAAGUAUGGUCGGUGGUAUAGCACUACCAAUCGGCUUAUUCUGGUUCGCCUGGACUAACUCGCCUAACAUCCACUGGAUGGCCUCGGUCGCAGCAGGAGCGCCCUUCGGGUUUGGUAUGGUUCUCGUCUUCCUUAGCGUCUUCAACUAUCUUAUCGACUCAUACACGAUCUUAUCUGCCUCUGUGCUAGCCGCAAAUUCUACCCUUCGCUCACUAUUUGGCAUGGCCUUCCCGCUUUUCACAACCUACAUAUACCAUAAUUUAGGCAUUCACUGGGCCUUGUCGAUUCCGGCCUUCUUGGCCCUUGCGUGUGUGCCCUUUCCAUUCAUCUUCUACAAGUAUGGCGCCCGCAUCAGACAGCGGUGUCCAUAUGCUUCUGAGGCGGAUGCCUUCAUGCGCCGCCUUGCCGAAAGGAACCAGGCGACUAGCCGGGAGGAACCUGAUUCGGAGAAGGGUGAAAAGCUAACCUCGGUGACUCGGGGAUUUGAUGACGUUGACUCGAUUGAUACCGAUGCUCUGUCUACUGAUCUGUCUUGCGGUAUGGUCACACGUCGUGCGUCCCGCGCGUCUCGGCAAUCUGGUCGGUCUUUGCAUCGUGUUGCGACUGCAGCGCAAUAUGAGGAGAACCCUUACGACUUGGAUCUGAUCAAAACUCGACAGUCGGCUAUCAGCUGCAAGGAUUGA